GUGGCAAUCACGCGCUGAUUCUUCUCUACAAACCACAAAGACAUUGGCACCCUUUACUUGGUAUUUGGUGCCUGAGCCGGGAUAGUUGGAACUGCCCUAAGCCUACUAAUUCGAGCUGAACUAAGUCAGCCAGGGUCCCUUCUUGGCGAUGAUCAAAUCUAUAACGUUAUUGUUACCGCACAUGCCUUCGUCAUAAUCUUCUUUAUAGUAAUACCUAUUCUUAUCGGGGGUUUUGGUAACUGACUUGUCCCACUAAUAAUUGGAGCCCCUGAUAUAGCAUUUCCCCGAAUAAAUAAUAUAAGCUUCUGGCUACUACCACCAUCUUUCCUUCUACUGCUAGCCUCUUCUGGUGUUGAGGCUGGGGCUGGCACGGGAUGAACAGUCUACCCGCCCCUUGCGGGCAAUUUAGCCCAUGCAGGAGCAUCCGUUGACCUAACUAUCUUCUCACUCCACUUAGCAGGUGUAUCAUCCAUCCUCGGGGCAGUUAAUUUUAUUACAACUACAAUUAAUAUAAAACCACCAGCAAUAUCCCAAUAUCAAACCCCACUAUUUGUAUGAUCUGUACUAGUCACUGCUGUCUUAUUACUACUAUCUUUACCAGUUCUGGCUGCCGGAAUUACAAUACUUCUAACAGACCGAAACCUUAAUACCACAUUCUUUGACCCCGCAGGAGGGGGAGACCCUAUCCUCUACCAGCACUUAUUCUGAUUCUUUGGCCAUCCAGAAGUGUACAUUUUAAUCUUGCCAGGAUUUGGUAUUAUUUCUCAUGUUGUGGCUUACUAUGCAGGCAAGAAAGAGCCCUUCGGGUACAUAGGAAUGGUAUGAGCCAUAAUGGCCAUCGGCCUGCUAGGGUUCAUUGUAUGGGCCCACCAUAUAUUUACAGUAGGGAUGGACGUAGACACCCGUGCAUACUUUACAUCCGCAACAAUAAUUAUUGCUAUUCCAACAGGAGUUAAAGUUUUUAGUUGAUUAGCCACACUUCAUGGGGGGUCAAUUAAAUGGGAAACACCUAUACUAUGGGCCUUGGGCUUCAUCUUCCUUUUUACAGUGGGAGGUUUAACGGGAAUCGUACUAGCCAACUCAUCCCUAGAUAUUGUCCUACAUGAUACCUAUUAUGUAGUUGCGCAUUUUCACUAUGUUUUAUCAAUAGGGGCCGUAUUUGCAAUUAUAGCAGCUUUCGUUCAUUGAUUCCCAUUAUUUACAGGAUAUACCUUACACAGCACAUGAACCAAAAUCCACUUUAUAGUAAUAUUUAUUGGCGUUAACCUCACAUUUUUCCCACAACAUUUCCUUGGACUAGCAGGAAUACCCCGACGAUAUUCAGAUUAUCCAGAUGCAUAUGCUCUAUGAAAUACAGUAUCAUCUAUUGGAUCCCUAAUUUCCUUAGUAGCAGUAAUUAUGUUUUUAUUUAUCUUAUGAGAAGCCUUCGCUGCUAAACGAGAAGUCUCAUCUGUAGAAUUAACCAUAACAAAUAUUGAAUGACUCCACGGAUGCCCUCCACCAUAUCACACAUUUGAAGAGCCCGCAUUUGUACAAGUUCAAUCAAAUUAA